GGAAGCGACUGAGCUGUGGUGGCGGAGAUUCCUAGGACGAGUCGGAGGAGGAGUUUGCGAGGAGGCUGAUGCCGACGGGCAGAACUUUUUCGUUUAAAUGAAGAUUAACGAGAAAGAUGAGCGGGAGAUGUUUCAAAACAAGAACGGCGUCAAGACGUGCAUGCCGACCGAGAUCGUCAUGGACAAAAUCACCGAAAAGCAAACGGAAAAUCAGACGCAGUUUUCCUACAUCGAUUCGCUCAAAAUGGAAGAUUUCGACUAAUGGAUUCUAGAAAUGUA